CACCGAGGGUAUUCCUUGUCCUCUCCAAAAAGGUUGGAAAGAGUAAUUUUAAAAGAACAAAAUGAAAAGUGGCGUGACACGAUGACGUAACAUCAACCAUCAACUGUGUAAUGUCCCAUCACAACCCGGUUUAUAUAAAGAUAUUUGAUGCUCAAGUAAUCACUUUACAAACGCUAAUAUUAUGAUCAGCUGUAGGAGUACAAUUUAAAUUAAAUAAUAAUGGAGGGAAAUCUAUCGGAGUGCGAGGCGAUGCCGCAAGAUGGCGGGCUGUGUGUGUGCAAGGGCGGCCCCACGCUCAACAUACUGAAGGACGUGCAGAGGGCCUACGAGCACAGGAUAGAGCUGGUUAAUAAGAUUGGCGGGAAAAAUAAACUGCAGAAGGAGUUGGAGCUGCUGCGGUCGUGGGUGAGGGACCUGGUGGAGCAGAACGGGCUGCUGGCGCGUGCCGUCGAGGAGAUGGAGGCCGACAUCUCCACCAGGCUGGUGAUGGAGCGCCGGCGUACCUCCGAGUGGGAGCAGAAGAAAGGCGUUCGUGACAAAAUUAAUGAACUGAAACUCCUCAACGAUACGUUGCAGAAAGAAAACUACACGAAAGAGAGGGAAAUAAGAAAACUAUCGAACGAUAUCCAGCAGUGCGAGCACACCAUCGCCGCGCUCAAGAAAGAAAUUACGAUAAGCAGAACUGUGCCUACCAAAGAUGAGGAAGUCAUGACGGAAGUCAGCUCUCCCAUCGCACAGAGGGAGGCGCAUCGCGGCCGGCGGGUGUGUCGUGCGCGGCGCGGGGCGGGGCCGACCACGUCAACGCCCAACACCAGCCGUGAUGCAAACCUCGCAGAAUUCUCGCUAGAACCUCCUUCAAACGAGUCUAUACCCAUAAUGGACGACUCAUCGGCGGCAGCGGAGCGCGCCGAGGUUGAGGACAAAACGAGAGGCAGCCUCGAGUGCCAGAGGAGAGAGUCCCUAAAGAUGAUAAGGAAGUUGUGCAAACGCGAGAGUAACGUUAAACGCAACAGCGAGAGGAAGACUCGCACGAGUAUAACCUUCAAUGGAGAUGAGAGGCGAAAAGGAAAUGUUGACAACUUGACCUCUGACUCGUCAGGCGGGGGAGGGCGGGCGCGGCGCAUUCUGUGUGAUUGCAGCCCUAACAAAUCAACAGAUGUUACUUCCUCCGAGACUAACAACCCCGGACUCCUGAAGGAUCCUGUUGAUGUAACGGAGGACGCUAAGGAUCUGGACGUCAAGCAAUGUGGCAAGCUGUGCCAUACCACAGACUCAUUACUUGUCAUAGAGAUGGCCAAGUUACGUCUGUGCACCGGUGCCGAAGAUGAAAACAAACAUGAAGAACAAAGGAACGAACAUAAUGACAGUGACAAGGAGUCGAAGUCGAGUCGAGACAAUAAUGGAGCACUUGAGUUAUCCCCGGAGCCGGUGGUGAUUUUCGAUCGAGGCUGGGGGAAGUGCGGCCCCAAAUGCCGCAGACGAGACUUGCUGGUCAUAGAGCCGGCCGCGCGGUGUGGCUGCUCUCUAGAUAAGGAUAAGCGUACUAUGAGAAUACGAAGCAACAGCUUUAAUGGACAUGAAAAACGAGAGAACACACAAGAUGGUGUCACAGAGCAGGAACCUUCCAAAGCAAAAAGCAAAGAUGGUAAGUGUCACUGCGAAUGCUUAAAAGUGAUGAAAGCGGAGGAAAAAAGAAAACUAAAAAAUGCAGCUUUGGUUGGAGACGAGGAUAAACAGUCGAAGAAUCAAGAUGAAACAAAUGAGAGCCUCGGUGCUUCCAGUGGCGCUGGCAGCGAUGUGAGUGGUGUCAGCGAUGGCACAGGCGGCAGCGAGCAAUGCGCCGCAGAUUGUCUGCAGAGCAAGCUGCUCGCCACAAUGCGCAUUUUGGAGAAUAAGGAGGAGACGAUUCGCGUGCAGACACAGAGCCUGGCGGUGGCCCAGCAGAGGAUCGCCGCGCUCACCGAGCGCGCUGAAUACUACCGCCGCCAGCUCGACCAGUGUCAGCAGACGCCGCGAUGUCCGGACCCUCGGCCGGUGCUCACGGCAGACAUGUGUGUCAACACGGAGGUGCACCAGGAGGAGUUGUGUCAAAAAAAGAUUGUGUCCACUCUGCGAGACAAUCUGUCCGUUAUUGAGGAGCUGUACAGGGAAUGCUUCUAUGAGACAGCAAAGCAGGAGGAGUUGAUAGAUUUACUUCGUAAGUCAUGCGCAGAUGUCAGGUCUACUGAGAGACACAAAAGUGAGCAGAUUGGACACUUGCAGCAUGUCGUCCACACUCAAAAAUGGUCUCUCGAUAAAUGUCAGGAUAUCGCAACGGAAGUGGAGACUUUGAAAGCUGAAAUAUCAAAUUUCCUCAACAGCUCCAACCACGACUCGGGCAUGUGGGAGGCGCAGGGGGUGCAGGGGUCGCUGGGGGCGCAGGGGGUGCGCGGCGAGGAGCUGGCGGCGGACGUGCAGCAAGUGGCCGCGCAGCUGCUGCGCCUGCGGGACCUGCUCGCUAGCGACUGUAUGUGCGGACUGAAGGACGAGAAUAUUAAACUACGUCAGAGGAACGAAGACUUGGAGAUACAAGACAAAGAGUUGCGGAGAAGAGUGCAAGAGCUGGAGAAAGCUCUGCAAGAUAAAAACAAAGAGAAGGAGAAAUGCGAGCAACAACUCGACGUGCAGGAGCGAGAGGGGCGGCACAUGGCGCAGCAGGUGUGCGUGCUGCGGCAGAAGUACAUGGACCAGGUGACCACGUGCGAGUCGCUCACCUCACAGCUGCAGCACUGUCAAACAUUGCUGACGAGCAAGUGCGGCGAGAUGGCGCAGCUGCAGCGCGAGGUCGCCGAGCGGGACAGCGCGACCGCGGAGCUGCGGGAGCGGCUCAGCAAGGCGCAGCUCGCCGCACAGCAAGAGGGGGAGGUGCGCGAGGAGGUGCGCGUGCUGUCGCGCGCGGUGUGCGCCUGGCGCUCGCAGCUGGCCGCCUGCCAGCAGCGCAUGCGCCGCCUGGAGGUCGAGCUGCAGCAGGCGCGCGACCACUGCGACCACCUCGCCCAACACUACCGAAAUGUGGUAGUUGCUAAAACGGUCGUCCCUCCGUCCGCGCGGUGCAGGGAGAAGGAGGGCAGCGUGGUGCGGCUGCAGCAGGAGUUGGAGGAGGCGCACGGGCGCGGCGCGGCGCUGUGCGGGGAGACGCGCGCGCUGGUGGCCGGCCUGCGCUGCUGGCUGCGCAGGCACCGGGAGCGCAUACGUUGUUUCCUCGAGCAGGCCGAGGUUGAGGGUGAGGGACAAAUUGUACAUACAGAGGAGCUGCUGACACGAAACCUUCGAGCGACCUAG